AUGUUGCCUACCUGCUCUCGGUUGGUUCAUUCCAAGUCAUGGGUUCUCCUCUCAGCAAUUAUUGCACUCCUGGUGCCGCACACCACCGCGGCAGGCAUUUACGUUGACUUUGAGAACCCUGAGUCGAUUAAGUCUGCUGCCAGCACGGUUGCGUAUGAUCUUGUUAGCUUCUACUCGGGCAAUAAUUCCGGCGACACACCGGGAAACCUACCUGAGCCCUACUACUGGUGGGAGGCAGGCGCCUUCUUUGGUGCUCUGGUCAACUACUGGUCCUAUACUGGAGAUGACUCCUACAACGAUAUCACCAGACAGGCAUUAAUCCAUCAGGCAGGGGCUAAAGGCGACUUUAUGCCCGCUAACCAGACAUACACAGAGGGCAACGAUGAUCAAUGUUUCUGGGCCCUCAGUGUUAUGAUUGCCGCUGAGCGAAACUUCCCCAGUCCCCCAGACGACGUUCCGGAUUGGCUCGCCAUGGUACAGGGCGUUUUCAAUCAACAGGCUCAUCGAUGGCAUAAUGCGACUUGUGGUGGUGGUCUCAAAUGGCAGAUCUAUCAUUGGAAUGCUGGGUUCCUCUAUAAGAACAGCAUUGCCAACGGGUGCUUUUUCGAUAUCUCAUCGAGACUAGCGCGAUACACUGGAAACAAGACAUAUGCAGAAUGGGCUACCAAAACGUGGAAUUGGUCUAAGGCCAUUGGUCUAUUGGGCCCAAAUUACGAAGUCUUCGAUGGCACGACCGAGGUAGACAACUGCUCAAGUCAUGAUCAUAACCGAUGGUCAUAUAAUGCUGGAGUCUGGCUUCACGGCGCCUCGGUUAUGUAUAACUGGACCGCUGAGACUUCGGAAGUCUCUUUGGAUUCGUCCUCGGUCUGGCAAAAUCGCACGGAUGGCCUUCUCAGGGCCAGUAAUCACUUCUUCUCCAAGGCGAACAUCAUGCAGGAGCCACUUUGCGAGUUCACUGGCAGCUGCAACACCGAUCAAUUGAGCUUCAAAGCAUAUCUGAGUAGAUGGCUUGCGGAAGUGACACAAUACGCCCCUUACACCUAUGACACAAUAAUAUCAAACAAGCUGCGCCCAACGGCGGAGGCCGCGGUGGCACAGUGUCAGGGUGGUGAGACAGGCACCUUCUGUGGAUUCAAAUGGAGCUCUGGGAAAUAUGAUGGUAACGUCGGGGUGGGAGAGCAGAUGGGCGUCUUGGAACUGCUUACAGGGCUACUGGUUGCUGAUGUUAGCGCUCCCUUGACUGCUGCCACCGGUGGAAACAGUGAGGGGAACAGUGCUGCAGGAACUGGUGAUGACGAGCCGGACACCGAAUUGCCAACCAUACAUAUCGAUAACGGGGAUAGAGCUGGUGCGGCCAUCCUAACUAUACUUCUUGUUUCCCUUAUCGCCGGGGCGGUCUAUGUGAUGUUGUCUUGA